CUAAUCUUUGAUUUUUUUUUUUUUUUUUGAUUUUCGAAGAAUAGAAAGGGAGAGUGGGGGUGAGAGAGAAAGGGGAGAGAGAGUGUGAGGAAUUGAGAAAUUUUGAUCUGAAAAAUUGAGGAAAAAAAAGCCAAAAAAUGGUGCAUUGAGGCUCAAUACGGAGAACUCGCGCGGAGAAGGGUGUAAAGAACGAAUUUUUGUUGAGGGAGUUCUCUCGGGUUUCACAACUGAAGGAGUCUUUUAGGGCUUCUUUCUGUUGGAUUUAGGAUUCCCAGCUCCGUAGUGAGAAUUGAGGCUCCUGUACUUCAAUUAAUGCAUCGCAACUCCAAUUUUAACGCUCGAAGUGAUACGUUGGGGAAGGGGAGAUAGUUGUUGGAGCUUAUGGGCUGCGUCUCCUCCAAAGGAAUCAGCCAUGACGAGCAGGGUGAGGCCCGGCGGCGCAAAGACUCAAAGAAGUCCUUGAAGCGAUUGGUUUCUUCGUCAAAGAGAGAGGAAGUCUCAGUAGCAGGUGCAGAUGCUGAUCCGAGGGUCGGAAUCGACGGCGGCACGACAAGGCUCAUACCUAAGUCUCAGGAGAAUGCAAUCAGUGCGCCACCACUCUUGCCGGAUGAUCGGGAGAAGGCAGCAGUGGCUGUUGAUUGGACUUGUAAGGGCGGCCGGUAUCGGCGACAAGCUUCGUUGGAUGUUAAGGCAGAUAGAGUGAAGCCCGAUUUGAAAACUGUGGGUACUGGAAUUGACAAAGAUUCCAAUUUGGCAAUCUCCACCGUGCCGAAUGGGUUUGAAGGGGAGCAUGUGGCGGCAGGGUGGCCUUCCUGGCUAACAAAUGUGGCAAGGGAGGCAGUGAGAGGUUGGCUGCCUCGGAGAAAAGAUUCUUUUGAGAAACUGGACAAAAUUGGACAAGGAACUUAUAGUACUGUAUAUAGGGCCCGUGAUCUUGAAACCGGAAAGAUUGUUGCGCUCAAGAAAGUGCGAUUUGUUAAUGUUGAUCCUGAAAGCGUCCGCUUUAUGGCAAGGGAAAUUUAUGUCCUACGUAGGCUUGACCACCCAAAUAUUGUGAAGCUGGAAGGGUUAGUUUCAUCGCGGAUGUCAUGUAGCUUGUCUCUAGUAUUGGAAUAUAUGGAGCAUGAUCUUGCUGGACUUGCGGCAACACCCAGUAUCAAGUUCUCAGAAUCUCAGGUCAAGUGUUACAUGCAACAACUACUUUCUGGGCUCGAUCAUUGUCAUAGUCAUGGGGUUUUACAUCGAGAUAUCAAGGGUUCAAAUCUUCUGAUCAGCAACAAUGGCAUCCUUAAAAUAACAGAUUUUGGCCUAGCUACCUUUUUCAAUCCUGAUCAGAGGCAGCCGCUGACAAGUCGUGUAGUAACACUUUGGUAUCGGCCUCCUGAGCUUUUGCUUGGUGCUACAGAUUAUGGUGUUUCUGUUGAUCUAUGGAGCACUGGUUGCAUCCUUGCAGAGCUGUUUGCUGGGAAGCCUAUUAUGCCAGGAAGAACCGAGGUGGAACAAUUACAUAAGAUAUUUAAGCUUUGUGGGUCACCAUCUGAGGAGUUCUGGAGGAAAUUAAAGUUGCCACAUGCAACCAGUUUCAAACUCACGCAACCUUACCGACGCUGUGUUGGUGAGGCAUUUAGGAACUUCCCUCCUUCGGCUGUAGUUCUUUUGGAUCGUCUCCUUGCUGUAGAACCAGCAGAUCGGGGAUCUGCUGCUUCUGCCCUUAAAAGUGAGUUCUUCACUACAAAGCCUCUUGCUUGUGACCCGUCAAGCUUGCCCAAAUAUCCGCCAUGCAAAGAAUAUGAUGCUAAGCUCCGUAACGAAGAAGCUAGGAGACAAAAAGCAGCUGCUAUAAAAGGUCAUGAAUUGGAAUCUGGAAGGAGAAAAACAAUGCCCAUGCCAGAUGUCAAUACAGAAUUGCAGAAGCGUCGGAUACGGGCAAACCCCGAAAGCGGCAGCAAUAAAUACAACCCACAAGAGGAUGGAGGAUCAGGUUUUCCAAUCCAUCCUUCCAGAGGGACAGUAGAGAAUGGUUUUCUUCAUCUCAGUCACUCUGGUGUAUCCAGAUCCACAUGGAAUAACAAGGGAUACGGGGACAACGCCCAAACAUUUUCUGGCCAUUCGCUCACUAAUUUGGGGCAAUCUAAUGGUCCAGAUGCACCAAUGCAGAGAUCUUACAUGCCUCAUGGUGGGGCUGCUGAUUUGUCCAGCUUCUCAGGUCUAGUGGCAGCAAGAAGCAGUACCACAAAAUUGGACAAUCAUAGGGAAUGGGCCAAGGAUGCAAACUGGCCUGAGCAUCGACCAAGCUUGAAAUAUAAUCAGUUGGAUGUUGCUGAUGCCUCUGAGAAGCAGGAAUGGAUGAAGCACUUGCUGGAUAGGCCUUCCUCCUCUCAUAAGGAUGGCAGCGCAGUAAGCAAGGAAUCUACAGCAGGUUAUGGCACUAAGAAGAACAGAAUCCACUACUCUGGACCAUUGAUGCCUCCAGGAGGAAACAUAGAGGAGAUGCUUAAAGAACAUGAGCGGCAAAUCCAACAGGCAGUCCGCAGAGCACGCCUGGACAAAGUCAAGUCCAAGAACUAUGGUGUCAGGGGUCAGUCCGAAGCCCUGCUCUAUGCGAGCAGGAUUGGGAGGCGAGAUCGUUAAGAAGCUUGAUUUGAUCUUGCAUUUCUCAGCGACGGAGGAUGACCUGAUAAUGCAGUCCCUGAAAUGAAGCAAAGUGGUAAUGCGGAGUAGGCACAAGAAACAGAGCUACUUUGCUGCGCAAUUGCCCUGUCAACAAAAGCUUUUGUUGCGAGUAAAGGAUUCAAGUGUAAUUUGGAGCAUCAAAAUCGUUUGGAUUUAUUUCUUGCAGUAGGUUGUGGUUCAGAUUUAGCCCCUACCGCAUUAGCAUUGGUUUAGCUGCUGUAGUCUGUUAGGCUGAAUCUGAAGCAUAUUGUUUAUUUUGGAGGGGCUGAGUUUGGAUAUUUUGAAAAGCUGCCAGAGAAUUCAUGUUUAAGCAAGAUGUGGAAGGCUUUAUAGGUUCUGUUGGGUCACAAUGUAAUUAAGUGUACAGGACCAUGAAAAAGCCGAAGAUUGGGUCUGUUGGACUGCAAUACAGCACAUAGGGCAAAACCAUGUUACCAAGGAUUUUAAAUGAAUUUAUUUAGUCGAUGUUAGUUGGUAUUCAUUGCA